AUGAAUGAAAUCAGAAGACGGAAUAAAAAUAAAAAUAACUGUAGUGUAGUAAAAACAAAAUAAUUAACUAAAUUAUUUAAAUUAUGCGAAGAUUUAUUAAAAUUUUCGUUAGGUUCGUUUCUAUUGAACUAUUCAAAAAUUAGUUGUACAAUCGCAAUGUGACAUUGAGCUUUAAUUCCUUCCCAAUAAUCGUAAACUAGUAAUGGUCAUGUCGCUGCCAAAAUAACAGAUUUAUAGGUUUUGACAAUCCAAAUAUACAGCAAAAUGACUUCUGAGAAUGAUUUCGAUAAAAAAUUUCAAGAAGAUCUCGAAAAAGCGCGAGCUUUAAGUUUAGAAACAUUGGCGCUGGAAAAAUUCAAACUGAAGAAACUGCAGGAAGAGAAAAAAAAAGAGAAAAAAGUUGUAACGCCUGACGAAAUACCACGCUCUAGACCAAGACCAGGCGGUGUUAAUAUUGGUGAUCCCAAAGUACCUUUGAUAAAACCACCUCCAGCGACAUCGCGUCGGAAUAGCGUUACUACACAGUCGUCUACCUCGUCGGCGUCGUAUUCGGUCGAUGAUUUGGUUUCUUUCGAUUCGCCUCCUCCAUCCGCUAGCACUACGAGUAGUUCACCUGUUGAAGAAGAAAGCUUGAAUGCGAUACAACCGUAUACAGGAUUCAAUUUCAAUAAUCCGCCAAACUUGAAAAUUCAAACUUCCAUAUCAUCCAUAACAAAUGGUUGCCGAAGUUUUUACAAUUCCACAGUCCCAAGACCUAUUGGAUUUUUUCCUCCGAGGUACGGUGCUCCGACUUACCAUGGUGUAGUUCCAUUUAAUCCGGGAUGUCGAUUCAACUCAACGUCUCAGCAGUCUGUUACACAGGUCUUUCAAAAUCACACCAAUGUUUCGAAUGUUUCUGUGCUGAAUGCGAUUAAAAAGAAAGACGAUAAUAAUUUAAUCGAUCUAACAUUGUUUAACGAAGUAACUCGUCUGGAUAAUGAUAAUGACAAUCGUGAUUGGAUUGUUAAUUGUAAAGAAACUAAAUCUAGAAGAAAUUUGAGUAAAUCCUUCAAUAAUGAAUGUGAUGGUGGAAGAGUACGUCACAGUGUCUUAGAAGCUUUUGAUCCUCUACUCGAGUCAACCUGUGCUAAAAUUACUCUCACCGAAGAUAUAGAAUCAGUGGACGAAAGAGAAGAAGAAGCUAGCUCAGAAUGUUCGAAUAGUUUAUACGCCGUGUUUGAUCCAUUUGACUACAUGUAUUCGCCAUCAGAAUGUUCGCAACACUCGGAUCCUAUUUAUGCAGCUGUCGUUAAAACUCAGACUCCUUUGAAUUCGCCACCACCAUUACCACCUCGUAACCAUAGCACCCCCGCCACCGAGCUUUCUGCUCAGAAUUCACCUGUAAAAAAAUACCAGAGAGAAAAUAUCACUGUUAGGAAACGAAACAGAUCAAUUCAGGAUCCUGAUUUAAUAGCUUUUCAUCGUCUUGUUAAAACGAUACGAAAUGAAUUUAAAUAUAAUGACGCUGAGAAAAAUAUGGGUAUCGUCAUCAGCCCGAGGAUUGAAUGUACACGAGUGCAAAAUUUGAGCAUCAAGAUCAUAAUGCAUUGCGAAUUUACGCGACCUAAUCCAGUAAUAUUUACUUGCGAUGCCGAUAGUACUGUAGAGCAAGUAAUUCUUCAAACUUUAUGCGAUCUGUCUAAUAAUGAUUCAGCUGAAAAUUAUAUUGUGAAAGUUCGUGGCCUGGCUGAAUAUCUUUUACCAAACACAAACCUCAGCAGCUAUGUUCAUAUUUUGCAAUGUAUCAAGUUAGAUGAAGACGUCGAAUUAACGUUGCUGCCUUCAAAUAGCGUAUCCAGAAAAUUAGCGAGAACUGCUCAAGAUGAUACUUGCGAUAGUGAGAUAAAAAUUGAAGAUCUAAUUCCUAAUGAAUUUUCGCCGUUGAUUUCGUACGAAUCUUUGAGCAUUGUUUUAGAAACUUUGGAGAAAGAAAUGAAUAAAAUUGAAAUUUCCGUCGGAAAUAUUUUUUCUUCGGGAUUUUCAUUUUCCAGUAUUCAAACCCGCGGUGUUCAGCAAGCGUUAAAAGCAAUCUGCUCGUUGUUAGGAAACAUGGAACCGUCUGAUAUAUCUAAAAGUUUGAUCGAUUUCAUUGAAAUUUGCAAUGAAAUGUCAUCUUAUUCAUCCAAGACUGACGGAAACAGUUGGAUGAAACCACGUAUUAUCGAUGACGAAGGAGAGUAUUCUAUUGUAAACGUACCUAAAGCACCACCUGCCCGAGAGACGAUCGCUAAUCACUGCGAAAAAAUUAAAGAAAGCGUGUAUAAAUUUAUCGACACGUAUUGCCAUACUUUCGAUGUAGACUUUGAAUUAAGUUCUCCGUCUUAUGAAUUUACCGGUACAAAAUAUUCGCGUGAAGUAGGAGAUCCAGUCUUGGUCUAUAUUGAUGGAUUACAUAGAUUAGGAAAUAAUUGGAAUUACGACGAAUACUUAAUAGUUGCUCAAGUAUAUCACGGUACCAGACCGGUAGGCGAAGCUAAGGUGUCUAAAAGCAUGCAAGCUUCUGGUUCUUUUUUCAAGAGAUUAAUUUUUGAUUGCUGGUUGAGUUUCGACAAUAUUGGAAUCUGUUUACUACCUCGUGAAAGUCGUUUAGUUUUCGUUGUGUAUGGUCGUAGCAUAAAUCUUAAUGCGGAGCAGUCAUCAUCUCAAGAUAAUCAGUCCACUGAUACUGAACUUGGAUGGACUUCGAUUCAGUUUUUCAAUUACGAUGGAAUAUUAUCCCAGGGAAGUUACUUGUUGAUGCUAUCACCGUCAUCUGCAGAUAGAAGAUUAGGGCCUUCGCCUCCAUUAGGGUAUCAGCUAGGCAAUCAAAGUCAACCAAUCCUAAACGUUGAAUUUCCAUGCUACAGUAGUCACGUUAAAUUUCCGCAUAUUGCGAAAGAUAUUCAUACGGUAUCUAAAGACAUGUAUGACUUCAAUAGUCUAGAUCGUAACACGCAAGAGCAAUUAUUACAGAUGGUUGAACAAGAUGUAUUUAAUAGACCACCUACAGAAGACCGAGAAGUUCUUUGGGAGAAACGUCACUAUCUAUUGUCGAAGCCGCAAGCUCUUCCAAAAGUGUUUUUAGCUGCUUAUAGCUGGGAUUCGGCGUGUUUGCCAGAUUUGCACUCGAUGCUCCAUUCAUGGUCACCAUUGCAGUCAAUCGAUGCGUUACAAUUAUUAUUACCUUGUUUUCCUGACAUCGAGGUGAGGAAGAAGGCGGUCAGCUGGAUGGAAUCGUUUUCUCACGACGAAGUUGUAGAUUACCUUCCCCAACUGAUACAAGCAUUGAAACAUGAAACUUAUGAAACAUCUGCUUUGGCUGAAUUUUUACUGCGACGUUCGCUUUUGUCACCCCGCGUAGCUCAUUAUCUAUAUUGGUUGUUGAUUCAACUACUACCAACACAAUUAUUUCAGAAUCCCAAUAACUAUGAUCUCACGAAUCUCGACGAAAAGGCGAUGGGAAACGCUCGUUAUUUUAGAAGAAUUCUGCUCAUGUAUCGAGUAUUAAUAAUGAUUUGUGGACAAGCUGUCAGGCAUAGUUUUAAUGCUCAACAAUUGCUAGUCAAAACUUUAUACGAAGUAGCCGAAAAUAUCAAGUCGACGAAAGAAUCUCUCAGGAUUAAAACAUUGUUGCAAGAUCUGGAAAGCGUACAUGACAAUUUACAAGAAAAUGUAGCCUGUUUACCAUUGAAACCUAGUUUGGAAGUCAAUGGUAUUCAAGUGAAAACCUGCUCGUAUUUCCCUUCGAACACGUUGCCAUUAAAAAUUAGCUUUCAAACUGUUGAAAAAAAUAUUAUACCUGCUAUUUUUAAAGCGGGAGAUGAUUUGCAGCAAGAUAUGUUGACCAUACAAAUGAUCAAGAUUAUGGAUAAAUGGUGGCUUAAGGAAGGCUUAGAUUUGAAAAUCGUCACUUUUGCUUGUAUAUCGACGGGUGAUAAAAGAGGUAUCAUUGAAAUGGUCACGGAGGCAGAAACUCUGCGAAAAAUCCAAAUAGAAUUGGGAUUGACAGGAUCUUUUAAAGAAACACCUAUCGAUGAAUGGUUGAGAAAACAUAAUCCUUCAGCCUUAGAAUAUGAACGAGCCGUUCAAAAUUUUACCGCUUCAUGUGCCGGUUACAGUGUAGCGACAUAUAUUUUGGGUAUCUGUGAUAGACAUAAUGAUAACAUAAUGUUGAAAAGAUCAGGUCAUCUGUUUCACAUAGAUUUUGGAAAGUUUCUGGGAGACGCUCAAACUUUUGGCAGCUUCAAAAGGGAUCGAACACCCUUCGUAUUAACUCCCGAUAUGGCCUAUGUAAUCAACGGCAGCGAUAAAUCGACUGAAAAAUUCCAUCAUUUUGUAGAUCUAUGUUGUCAAGCGUUUAAUAUUAUCAGAAAGCAUGGAAAUUUACUUCUAUAUCUAUUCGGCCUGAUGAUAUCUUCUGGAAUCCCCGGCGUUACUAUGGAUGCUGUAACUUAUGUUCAGAAAUCUCUACUGCUAGAUUUGACAAAUGCUGAAGCUGCUGCAACAUUUGCUCGUAUGAUUGAGAGUUCUCUGAAGUCAUGGUUUACGCAGUUCAACUUUUUCUUACAUAAUUUAGCUCAAUUACGAUUUACCGGUGAUCAUAAUGAUGCCGAGUUAUUAAGUUUCGUUCCUAAAAGAUACACCAUGAAUCAAGAGGGAAGAAUACAGAGCGUAGAAGUUUACGGAUAUCAAAAACGAUAUGACCCGGAGAAGUACUACGUUUAUAUUUUGAAAGUGAAACGUGAAAAUCAACCGGAGCCUUCGUACCUUUUCCGUUCCUAUAAAGAGUUCUGCGAACUGCACCAGAAAAUUUGUUUACUGUUUCCGUUGGCUAAAUGUCACAGUUUACAUAGUUCUAGUCUAUUAGUUGGAAGAUCAAAUAUAAAACAGGUCGCUGAGAAGCGUAAAUACGAAAUAGAAAAAUUUUUAAAUAUGCUUUUCCAAAUGGCCGAUGAAAUUAGUCAUUCCGACGUUGUUUAUACGUUUUUCCAUCCUUUGUUGCGGGAUCAACAAGAAGCUAACAUAAAUCAAGAAAAGCUUAAAGAACGCAAGUCAAAAACUUCUCAGACCUAUAGCAAGUGUGUAAGAGGUGAAUUGAAAUUGACGUUAAAUUAUCAAAGAGGAGCUUUAAUCGUAAUGGUUAAUCAUGCUAAAGAAUUACCACGAAUGGCUAAUAAUCAAGAGCCAUCUACCUACGUAAAAGUUUAUUUGUUACCAGAUCCGAUGAAAAUGACAAAAAGAAAGACUAAAGUUAUCAAACGAAGUUGUCAUCCAUCUUUUAUGGAAAUGCUGGAGUAUAGAAUGCCGCUGGAUGUGCUUCAAUUUCGAGUUCUCCAAGCAACUGUUUGGAAUCACGAUACGUUACAGGAAAACGAAUUUUUAGGCGCAGUUUCAUUACCACUUCAUAAUCUUGUUCCAGAAACUGAAACUACAGAUUGGUAUCCAUUAGGUAACGUCUGUAGAUGAUUCGGUCAUCAUGUUUUGUAGCGAUAUCAUCUAUUUUUAAUCAUUCCAGAUUGUGUAUGUGUAUUUUAUGGCUGUAAUUUUUAUGAGAAAUUUUUAUCCGUUUUUUUAUAUGAUCAUAUUUUUCAGUUUUGUGAAAUUAUUCGCAUUCCCAUUUUAUUAAUUUUUAUCACGUUUGAUUUACGUAAAGAGUAUUAGAUUGUAAUUUUCUUUUUUUUUUGUUGAGUAUUGUAUUACAGUAUAUUGUUUUGAAUGAGCUUUUGCAUUGUGAUAUUUUGCAUUGUACUUUUUUGUGUAAAGGUUUUUUUAUUCGUAAUUUUUAUUCCUCGUGUUUACUCGUAGCUUAUUCUCGAUAUUUUAUUUGGUUUUAUUAUUUUCCAUUCUUGCGAGAUAAGCGAGUUUUACAUAUUAUGUGUAUGCCUAUAAAAAAUUGACAUUCGUAAUCACUGGUUGAAUUUUUCAUUCUAAAAUAUUAGUUAAAAUUAUGCCUGUUAUGUCUACGGUUAUUAGUUCCCAAAAAUAAACAUUUUAUUUUUCUUGAAA